AUGUUUGUGCCCGAGAACCGUGCAGUAGCGCCCGCUUGGUCGGGCCCGGCAACAGAUCCUCGCCGCGCGACUGAUGAGUCGAGCCAGACUUCGGGUUCAGGUUUUGCUUCUGCUUCCGGCGCUUCGCAGCCUUCCCACGCCUCGCACCACCCCUCACACGCUGCCGUCGCCCACGCUUCUCAAGCUGCCCAGAGGACGCAAGCAGCAAAUCCUCCUUUGCGACCGCCAACAGAAGCGCAAUCAAUACAGCUAGGACAUUACGAACCAGGAUUAGGCCCAGGACCUCCACUGCCGGCGCCGGCGCAGGCGGCCCCAUCCCUGGCCUCUCCGUCUCCGUUAUUAUCCCCGACUUCAACCACCCCCAACCCCCAUGCCAUGUCGGACGCCGCCGCCAUCGCGGCCGUCGAGGGGAAUUCGCGCACCCUUCAGGGCCCGUCGGCGGCGGAAUGGGCUCGUCACCGCCAGAAAAUCGUCGACUUGUACCGGCAGUACCCGCUCAAACGCGUGAGCGAGAUUAUGAGAAAGCACUAUGGUUUCUCAGCAAGCAAGCGCAUGUACGACAAACGGUUUCGGGAAUGGAACGUCUUCAAGAACGCGAACAGUGACGAAAGAACCCGAGCCGCUCGGCGGGCCCACCUGGCUCCGGCCGUAGUGCCCCCGUCUCCCCAUAGCCACGGUGGAGAUCGGGACCCGGAGAGCAACUUUGACCAGCAAGACCUCCGCAGGACUCUGCAUUGCGCCCGGACAAUCCAGCCUGAUUCAGCGCCGGCCGCAGCAGUCGCGCCGGAAAGCUCUCCCUCGGCUCCUAUAGAAAGCCAGGCGCCACCUUCCCCAGAACCAUAUCGGCAGCCUCGUCGGAGCAUCAGCAUCUCAGACCUGCUCAAGCCUGAGAAUGAGCCUAUUGUGCCCAGCCACACGGCUCCGGUGCAUCGGGAAGAGAACCCCCCACAAGUGCCUUUCUCACCGCCGUACUCGCCUCAAACACCAAAUUACGCUGCAGACACUGUUCCCAGUUCACCUUGGGGGGGCUCCCAGGAACAAGAGGAUGGCACCGAACUUGUCUUGUCAAGGUCGCCUCAAGCCACGUACAGGUCGCAGCUUCAGAUUUUGUUUGCAACACCACCUCGCUCCCUCUCCCCGGACCCAGCGAUGAGGACUAUGAACAUUGUCACCACGAAACUCCGCGAAUACUACGAUUGGCAACUGGAAAACAUACCCGCCGGUGUUCUCCCCGAUGAUUAUCUCGGGCACAGGUCCCCGACUGAGUCCACACAGUACUGGAGCACAAUCAAGGAAGCCAUCUACCUCGUCAAAAUUUCGGCCAAGUCCACUCAACCCCCCGAACUUCGUCCCGACCGCCGGGCAUGGGCCGCUUUUGCCGAAGCGGGGGAAAUGGCAGCAAGCGCCAUGACAGCGCAACCAUUUGACUUCUUACGACACUUAUUUGCCACACUCUCCCCUAUCAACACCAGCGCUCGCCCAGAGCUACGAGGCAUCCUACUCCAGUUUCUUAGCAGCCAAGCCCGGGACCGCCUCUCCGCCAACCACCCCAUCACACAGAUCUGCGAAGAACUACAGCGGGACCAAGGGUGCCAGGAGAUCUCGCAACGCAGUCUGCAAUGCAUGCUCGACAUCUUCAACAGCCGCCUGGAACGCUCCCGGGCCAUCACCUACAAGCUCCUCGACUCAUUAGCCACCCUCCUCCGCCGGAGCGGUGAUUAUCAGGCCGGCCUGAAGAUCGUCACAGAGCUGCUCAGUGUGGCUCGCCCGGUGUUUGGACCAAAUUCUGACCAGGUCCGUUCGGUUGAGAAUGAGCUCGCCCAUUUCUACAUGAUUGGUAACGAGCCGGACCUGGCUCUGGGUCACUGCAUGUCUGUGGUUACACGACCUCCGCCCACCGUUAUGGCCGCUACACCAGCGGGUCAGCCCUCUGGGUCGGAGAUAGUAAGCCAAAAUUACUACCGAGAUGGCAUUGCCGCCCAUACUAUGGAGGACAUCGCCGAGAUCCAUGAGCGCCGCGGCGAUCUAGAACAAUGCAUCGCCUGGUUGGAGCGUGCCGCCCACAUUGCGUUGGAAGUAUGGGGUGGGGAUGCGAUAGCCACAACGCAUGUGAUCGACAAGUUGACUCGUUUGCAACGACAGUUUGGUGGAGACCUGUUGAGGAGCGCAUCGUUUUGGGAAGCCGCGGUUGCUCCGCAGCCGAUUGAACAGCCUAGUGAGCCAUCUAAUUGA